AUGUCUCGCAGCAGUCAACGCUUGCUUAAACGCAAAUCCCUUGUCCCCGAUUCGCGCAACCUAUGCCGCCUGUGUCUGUCGAAGGAACGGAAGCUAACACGAUUUUUCUCCAGCGAGCAUGGGAUCGACAACGAUCUACUGCGGAAGAUCUACGACUGCACGACGGUGGAGGUGGAUCAUUUUGAUGUGUUUCCAGUGGCCAUCUGUUCGCUUUGCGAGCAGCAGCUCAGCGAUUGGUACCGGUUCCGGGAAAAGUGUGUCGAAAAUGAUACCAUUCUGCACAAUCUGUUCGGCAUGGAGCGGAGUCGCAAAGCGGCGCAUCGGGACAUCGGUCGGUUCUCGGUCGGUGAUAAACUGAACCCGCCGGCAGAACCAACACUGCAGUACGCCAGUGAAAUCGACGAGGAAGAUGGCGAAGUACGCAGCGAGCAACCCAAUGGGCCGGCGAUCGUCGUCGCGCCAGUCGACGAAACGGAACCAUCAUCCACCACACAGACGACGGUUCCCGAAACUCCCGAAUCGAUGGUGAGCAUUGCCUUGACUCAACUGUCGACGCUCGGUGUGCGUCCUCGUAAGGAUCCGGACGACCCGGAGCCCCCUCCAAUGGCGCUCGAUCAUGUGCGGCACCUUUCGGCACACAAACUGAUGGGUCUGUCGGUGCAACUGGAAGACGGUCGCUUCCAGUGUAUGGUGUGCAAGCGCACGUUCCGCAACGCUUACACCCUGAAGCGCCAUCUGAAGCUCCACACGGAGGAGAACCUGUACGAGUGCGAGUACUGUGGGAAGCGGUUCAACGAUCGGUCCAACUGGAAGAUCCACCAGCGGGCCCACACCGGGGACAACCUGUACAACUGCCUGGUUUGCCUGAAGAGCUUCAUAUCGCCCUCGACGCUCAAGUACCAUCGGCGGGCCCACCGGAAGCUGCGAUCGUUCGAUUGUCGCGUUUGCCAGGAAUCGUUCAUCGAGUACGAGGAGCUCGAGGCCCAUAUGCGUGAUGCGCACCGGGGUGUCGCGCUGGAAGACCUGCAGAUGGACGAACCGCUGCUCGAUGCGGCCAAUUUCGUCAAGAUUGAGCUCGAAGACGAGGAGCAGCAGCAGCAGCAGCAGCAGCAGCUGGGCACGACGCAGGAACCGCGGAACACUGCCGACAGUAGCGGUCUACUCGUGACCGGAAGUGACAUCGAAGAGGGUGACGAAGGUGAAGAGGAGAGCGGCCACGGGAGGAGAGACGGAGAGUGUCGCCUAGUGGGGGAGUCCAGUGAGGAGGCCCAAAGGCAUCCACCGCAUCACCCACAUCCACUUCCGGAACCCGGUGACGAGCAGAUGAUACUGGAUGGAUCGCGGCGGGAACCGUUGGCCACGGAAACUGCUGCCGACAUACCGAUCCCGGUGCAGCCACCGGUGGACAUCAAACAGGAGCUUCCCGACGGCGUAAAGCAGGAACCGUUCGAUGAAGACAUGAUCGUGACCGAUCCUCGCGAGCUACUAAUGAUGGAGGAAGCUUCGGAGGGCCAAGAGGAGGAAAAAGAGUCCAACCGAGGCACCGUAAUACUGUUCCGGUGUGAUUACUGCAUGCAGAUAUUCCACUUUCUCGAUGACCUCAACGCCCACAUGGAGCUGCACAACGGUGCGAACGGGUCCAAUCAGAACGGUGGUGGUGUCGUGCUCGGGUCGGCCGCUGCCAUCCCGCAGCAUCAGGCGCAGACGGUGGCCCCCGAUGGGCGACCACCUUCGCUGCUGAAACCACUGAUGCUUCGGAAUGUCGGCACAAGUGAACACGGCAGUUCCUCGAUGGUCACUGGCGUCACUGGCGCAACUCGGCUGCACCCGAUGCACGGCAACAUGCAGAUCGUGUAUCACUCCACGCAGGCGGACAUACGACCGGCGCCGGCACCGGCGACCAAUCGAACCCCCGAUUGUCCGCAGCCACUGUUGUUUCUGUCACCGACAGCAAACGGAGCCGGUGGGUUGAAACGGCGCCACUCGUUCGAACCGGAUGUGGCCGAUCUGAUGAACGUGACGCCCCCGGAGCACCAGUGCACCAAGUGUUCGAAGCGGUUCCGCACCGAGGAGCUGCUGCGCGUGCACGAAGCGACCCACGAGAACGACGCGCUGGUCAAUCGGGUCCGCAGCUGCCGGAUUUGCAACAAGGUGUUCAAGUGUGAGCUCAAUUUGCAGGCGCACAUGCGCAAACACAACACAACGCACCACACACUCAAGAUCAAGUUCUCCGGCUCGAGCGGGGACGAUGACCAGCACCCCGAAGGUAGCGGUGGCGCCGGUGGUGGCCCUGGCGAUGGUGCCCGCAGUGGCAGCGAAUCCGCUUCUUCCUCUAGCGCCGGAGAAAAUGAAGGCGGUUCGAAAGAGGAUCGGCAACCGGCGGCCGAAGCGGCCGAUGGUGGUGCGUCUUCGGAAUCGCUCGGCGACAGUGAAGGCGAACUGGGACUUACAUCCUCCGAAUCGUCCUCCGGCAAUGGAUCGCUAGGGGCGGUGGCGGCUGCGGUGGCCGCAGCAGGACGGAAAGGCCCGGUGCGAAAGUGUGAAAUUUGUGCCAUCAGCUUCGACGAUGCGACGUACCUCGAGCAGCACGUGCUGAGCCACUUUGCGCGCAACGAGGCGGUCUCGUUCAUCCCGUCCGCCGACCGGCCGUUCAAGUGUACCGAGUGCCACAAGCGGUUCAAGAGAAAAGACUAUCUGCUCAUCCACAUCCGGACGCACACGGGCGAACGGCGCUACAAGUGUGACCUCUGCUCGAGCGCCUUCGUGCACCCGUCCAACCUGAUCACGCACCGGAAGCUGCACUCGAACGAGCGGCCCCACAAGUGCGACCUGUGCAAGGCCACCUUCAAGCUGUACGCUGGCCUGAAGAUCCAUCGGAGGCGCUGUGUGAUGAAAAACUUGUCCGAUAGCUUCUCCUUCGGCGACGACGGUGCAGCGUCGAGCGCGGAAACUGAUCCAAACGCAGCAGCCGGAACGUCAGUGCGUCUGGUCCAAUCGGCGGGCCGACUCUCACUGUAG